GCAGGAAAACUGAUGACUUUGUCCCUGUGUUUGAAUGAAUGGUCUGCAGCCUGUGUCUGCUGCACAUGCUGCGGCCCAUCACGAUUUAUGGACACAGUCAGGACUCAGAGACAGGAGCAGCUACGUCCAACAGACGUCAGUGAAGGUUUCAAGGUGGGAGGAGGCCGUCACUGAGGCAGGGAUCACAGUUGAGGGCGUGGACAGUGGAGACGGGACAACAGGAAGUAAAGCUGGGGAGAGACCAACAGGAGGACGACUUACUGUGAUGCUUACAGGGUUGGUCUGGUCUGGUCUGGUCUGUCUGCUGUCGACUCCACAUUUCCCAGUGCCACAGCAACAGCUCAAAUUCCAUCACUGCAGUAAAAAAACCUCACAUCACAGUUCAACGUUGAAGAGUCUCUGACUCUGUUCUGUACAGAAGCUCAUCUCAACAGCUGAGAGAUGAAGGUGAGGUGGCGUGUGUUUUAUCUCCUUCACCUCUGCAGCGUUUGUCUGGCCCGAAAAAAAAAACCCACUUGAUCUCACCUGAAGUUCCCGGCGCCCCCUGCAGUCACCAGAUUCCUUCCACUCGGUUUACCUGCUCAGAUGCAGCUCUCCUCUGCCUCCGUCCCAGCCCUCCAGCCCAGAUAAAAAGAAACCUCUUCUAAGGUGUUUCGUGAAGCAUUAUAAAAUGGUUGCCAUGGAUACCCACUCUGAACAGGCUCCACAUACGAGCGGCAGAAGAUGACCUAUAUUAUCUGGGAUGGAGGAUCAAAGAAGGCGAUUUCACUGUGAUCCCAUGGAGCUGGCAGUUUAGGAGGAACACAGCUUUUGAUGGGUCUCUGCUGCUGAACGUCUCACACAGGCUGCAGAAGAGGGGGAGGGUGAAUGUUGUUAGACAGGCAGUCCAGAAAGGUGCAGAGAGACGAGGAGGUGCUGCGGCAAAUGACCACGGGCUGGAACUGAACCCUGACGACCACCAGGAGGGUCGUAUCCCACUGACCGCCCCAGUAAAUAAAAAUUCCCCACCAAUGGAAGUGCACUUGGCCCGCCCCUGCCGGUCUGAGAGGAUCGGUUUUCAAAUAGGAACCACUCUGUUCCAGCAGUGGCACCAAAGUGGCGCACACCGACAUUUGGAGGAGCAGGAGGAGGAGAUGCUCGACUGUGAAGCCACGAUUUCUGGUUGAGUGACGAGUCCGCUGUCCGACUGACGCCAUGAUAGCCACAGGGGGCCUGUUGCGCAUGAACAGGCGUCAGGAUUCCUUCCACUCCAAAAACCGAGCGGAAAAUAAAAAGAAGCGGAAAUCUAAGAAGAAGAAGAAAAACGACGUGGUGGUGGUGAAGGGGAAACUCAAUCUGUGCUCCACCGCUGGACUGGUGGCUGCUGUUGGACUCGUCGUCCUCAUGGUGGGGAUUUCCAUGGCUAUACUGGGGUACUGGCCCAGCCAGAGCCAGCAUGAGUACCAGGAGCGCCGCAGAACGGGAGUGUACCACCCUAACAAAAUGAGUUUUUCCAAAAGUCUGCCUGUGUCCUCAAAUGCAACGCAGGAGCGGUCCUCCCCCGGCCAGUCCAAUGUAUUCAAUGCCAGCCACACCAACAGCAGCACAGCACAGCCGUCCCCUCACUGCGGCGUCCUCUGUGACUUCCUGGACAAUUACCUGUACUCCGAUAAUCUGAAGGUCUUUGGCCCUCUAGUGAUGGGAAUUGGCAUUUUUCUCUUCAUCUGCGCUAAUGCAGUCCUUCAUGAGAACCGAGACAAAAAAACAAAAAUCAUUAAUCUGAGGGACAUCUACUCCACAGUCAUCGAUCUCCACAGCAUACGCUCCAAGGAUUACUCGCCUCUGAACGGUCUGGUGAACUACACCCAGUCCAGGAGCGCCGAGGGCCCAUCGGGAUCCUUUCCCGCAAGUGGAAUGCUCUCCCGCAGCUCCUGGCCGUCCGCCGGAGCAGGUCCUCAGGGUGAGUCAGGGGGUGAGGAUGGUUUUAGACGCACAUCCUUAGCGGGCCGUCCACGCAGCUGGUCCAAAGAUGUCCAGACCUUCACAGACACAGUGUACAGCAUCUACAAGGACUACAGCAAUAGUAGCAAACAGGCACCACAGCCCAGGCAGUGGGAGACCACCUCCAUAGUCACUUCCUCUGUCAACGCAUUCACCCUCCCCGUAAUCAAACUAAACAACUGUGAGGUGGAGGAGUCGGAGAGGGCCGAGGCGGAGGGUCGUUCUGGGGAGGGCGUCGUCAUCGAGGCUGCGGCCGAAAACCUACGUGAGGACAUGCAGGCCUGCUGCGGUCAGACUGAUGACACCAAAAGCACAGAACAGAACCCUUCGCCAACAGACCAACAGCCGUCCCAUCACAGCCACGAGGACGUGUCCACAGAGACGGCUGACCCAGAGGGGGCGCCUCAGCCUCAGCCUCAGUCUCUGCCACACUGGACACAGCUGUUUCCUCCAUCACCUGUUGUCAGGGCGAUGGGGUCACGACUUUCCCUCAACUCCCUCACAGAUCAGCCCAGGCCUGCGAGGCGCUGCAGCCUGUCUGUGUCUGUGUGUAGUCAAGGCGACAGAGGCAGACGUUUCAGCUGCCCUCGGCUGGAGCGCUCCGGCAGUAAGGGCUAUAUCAAACUGACUGACCUAGGGGGCGACUCCUUUGAAGCCCCCGAUACAGACACUUCUUUAGAAGCCACUGAACAGGAAGUAGCAGCUGAGGCGGGAGUGGAAGAAGGAGAAGCCGGAGUAGAGCACAACCUGGGCACACCCAUCUCCUCUGGAGAAAACUAGGCUUUGUUUUUGGCGGCGGCUGCUUCUCUGGUGGCUGAUGCGACGCUGUCCGCCACAGAGGGAAGUAAUCGUGCCGAGUUCGCACCUAAGGACUAUUGAAACAUAGCCAUGAACACUCAAGAGCAAGGUCUUUACAAAAAAACACACCCUCAGCCCAAAACACAGAUGUACAUUUUCUAUUUUUUCCAAUGUAGCAAGAGCAAUACUAAAGAUCUCUGGAGAGAUUUAGUAAAAACUUUAUGGAGAAAAGCAUUUCCUGACCUGAUGAGAUUGAACCUUCUUCUUUCUUUUUUUUUUUAUACCAGUAGAGGGCAAACACUGUAGCUUGUAGAGUUGCCAAACCUGUCUCUAAGAACUACCGUCUGACAUGUUGCACUGUAGCAUUGAUAUGUUACAGAACAGUGACUCUAGAUUUAUUUCUCUGCAUUGUGCGUGAAUAUCAUGUGAGUGUGUGACAUGAUUGAAUCUCAGGUAGAGUUUUGGUUUAGGAACAGGGCCUUUAGGACCAGGUCUCCACCUUACAUGUGCACACUUGUUUAUAUAGAUCAUUCUUGGUUGAAUAAACUUGACUGUAACACAUCCUGGUGGCUCUAAAUGGCUUUUCUUUUACAUUAAAUAUUGAUUUUUGUUUUUAUUUAUCUCCCAUGACCCAGGCGGUUCCACCAGCAUUUAAUAAAAAUCCGUCCAAGUGUGAACGUUCUUGUGUGUAACGAUGUAAAAAUGCAGUUCAGCAACUCUGCUGGGAGACACUGCAGUGGUAUUGAUGUUACAUUAUCUGUGCCAACUGGAGUGAGACCAGUAAUCUGUAGUGACCUGUGCAGCUCAUCUCUUUAAUACCUGCUUUUUACUUCUACAGGGUAAAUUAGCUGAGACUCACUGUGAAGUUGCUGAUUCGGAUGUUUGGCAAAUUUGAGGUAGGAUUAACUCUCAGCCUGUCCCUUCACCGAGGCGUCACACCACAGGAGAGUUUAAGACCAGAUACACAUUCACAUUCACCACUGCGCCAUCUUUGCCCCCUUGGUAUUUUAUAGGGAAAAGUGAGAAAGGCAAGUGCAAAAAAAAAACAUUCCUACCUGCUUUAUAUAACAUUUUUUGUUCGUUUGUUCGUUUGUUUUGGUCCAAAUGUGGUCACUUGAGUAUUUUAAAAGUUGUGUUUUUGUUUUUUACAGUCUAUUGAAGAAGGAGUUCCGAUUCCAGUUUAUGAAUAAUUUAAUUUACAUGAUCUGUGAUGGGAGCACACUGUGCAAACUGUGUAAUCCCUAAAAUCAGGGCUGUAGUGGAGAAAGUGUGUUGUGUUCUGACCUCAUUUGUGGAUGUGACUGUUGAAGGAAAUACUAGUAAGCCAGUAAAAAAGGCCUGUAAUGGAGCAGGGAAUACGUUUGUCCUGCGCCUCACAGCAAAUGUGACAAAAUGUCCCAGGGAAUGACUAAAGAAAACUCUGUGUCGCUGCAGUAUUCUGGAGUUUAAGUCUUGCUGUUCAGAAUUCUGGUAUUUAUGUUAGCGUUCUGUAGUGUCUGUGACUAGCCUUCCUCCCCUGCAGCGGUGCUUCGUGGGUAGUCCACAGGUUGAGUGUACUGUCACAACAUUAUUGUUAUAUAUGGGUCUAAUCUUUUGACUUAGACAAAGAAAAGCACUGCCACCCACUGGCUCUAUUUUAAAUAUUUUAUCCCAGAAACAUCCCACCAUUUGUAAAAAAAAAAAAAAAAAAAUCUGUUACUGCUGAGAAACACUGCACUGUACACCUGAGAAGGCACGGGGGGAGGAGGGGAAGGAAGGGGGAGUGUCAUUGUAAGAAAUAAAUCACUAAACCGAAAUACAGAGGAUUAAACACAAAGUAUUUAUACAAGCUAUGCAUUUGUUUCUGUAUUUUAUAAACUUUAUUGUGCUGACUGAGUAUAUUAUCUUUCGAAAAAUACACAAAACUAUAUGCUAAAAUGUAAUCUAAUUUAAUUUUACACUUUUAUGUCGUGUUGUUUGGUUGUAACGUUAUCAUUGUACCAUCUAACAGAGACAUCUAGUGGUCAUUGACCUCCACUCACUGCUGUUCCGUAAAGCUGCCGGCAGGAGCCGCCAGACAAACACACGACAGUGUUUGUCUUAUGUUUGUGUGGUUUACGGGUAGUGAUGGGGGCGGAGUUAAGGCGGGUCGUCGCUGCACGUUUACUUCAGGAGAGCAGGAGUUUACAGGUGUCUGGUACUUUCACAGUCGACGGGUCUGUCGUCGGGAUUCCCGGUGUCCGGUGACAGGCAGCGGUCGCAGUUGAAGCUCGGAGGCCAUUUGACUGCUCUCACGGAAGUCAGGCGCGGACUCAGAGGCUAAGCAGCCGCAGGACAACAAGGAGACGGAGAA